AUGACCUUCGGCUCUUCCCAGAAGCUCAGCGCUCUUUCAGGCACCGCCGCCGAUCAUGACGAUGGCAUUGUCCCCAACCGUGACAUCUGGCUUGACAAGCCCAAGCCUGGGACAGAUGAUCGCGAAUCGUGGCUCAGCUUCAAGAACCAGGUAAUCUCCAUGGCUCAAAAACUAGGUCUCAAGGGCUGGGAACUCCUGCCUCUGGGGAACGGCGACGCCAUCACUGUUGAGCAAAUCACCGACGCCUUGACCAACUUCAUCUACGUGGUUACCCCUACUGCAGUUGUUGUCGAUGAACAUGAGUGUAGCCAGCGACCCCAGGCGGUCUUGCUCCGCAUCUACGGAAGACAUGUCGAACAUCUCAUCGAUCGCGAAAGUGAGUUCAGAGUCCUUCGGAGGCUGGCCGGCAAGGAACUGGGCCCUCGACUUUUGGGAACGUUCAGGAACGGUCGCAUCGAGGAGUAUUUUGAGGCCGCCAUAGCCCUCAGGCCCUUGGAUCUUUGCGAACCGAAAGCGUCACGACGGAUUGCGCGGUGCCUCAGAGAGUUGCACGACGGCAUCGGGCUGCUCCCUUGCGAGCGUCAAGACGGCCCAGGUGUCUGGAAGAAUUGGGACCAGUGGCUCGAAAAGGCGACCGAAGUUGCCACCUUUGUCGACAAUGAAGCGGAAAAGAAGACGAUCACAUCUGCCUCUCACGCUUGGAAGACGAAUGGCUACGUCUGCGGAACGACGUGGACACAAUUUAUAGAGGCCGUGGCCAAGUACAGGGCCUAUCUGAAUGCGGCGCACGGAGGCGAAGCAGACAUGAGCAAGCGCCUCGUCCUCGCGCAUAACGAUGUGCAUGCGAGCAACAUUCUGCGCAUGCAAUCACAGAAAGAUGUCUCGCCACUCGUCCGGGCUGACCAGGCGGGGGGACGAAUGAUGCUGAUCGAUUACGAAUACGCGGGACCAAACACGCGCGGAUACGAGUUCGCCAACCAUUUCAGAGAGUGGACAUAUGAUAGCCACGACCCCGUUUGUUACCUCACGCGAUACCCUACCAGAGAAGAGCAGCGGCGGUUCAUCCAGGCCUAUCUCGACCACAGGCCACGUUGUUUCAACGACGACCCAACUUCUCCGUCCGAUCCCGUUAAGAAUUGCCCUUCGUCCGGUAGUGUUGGGAGGGCACUGCUUGAGCCCACAUUCUCAUUGAUACCCGGCGAGCCCGUCACGAUUAAUGCACGACCUUGUCUUGUCGAGUGUGGUGCUGUCGAAUGCGAGCGUGAGGGGCGGGUAGAUCGGAAAGUCGACGAGCUGCUUGAGGAGACACGCCUUUGGCGCCCGGCGAACAACGCCCACUGGGUUGCUUGGGCCAUGGUUCAAGCCAGGAUUCCUGGCCUUAUCAAUGAGAGCGACGGACGUACCAGCGAGGGGUCGACCCUCGAAGAAGCCGAGCAAGGCGGCGGGACCGAUAAUAAGUUCGACUUCUUGCGCUACGCGCAGGAGCAUGCCCUCGUCUUCUGGGGUGACAUGGUGCAGAUGGGCUUGGUCGAUGCCACGAUCCUGCCUGAUGCGCUGUGCGCAAGAUUGAGGAUUGUGCCCAACUAAUGAGCUAUGGCAUUUGGAGGGGAAUCAUGAGCAGAGACCCGAUGCGAGCAAUUUUUGUAGUUCUGGCGUAGCUUCUGACCCCGCGAUGUGUUUUGCCUAUUAUCGAUGGCGCGGUCGGCAGGGC